AUGUCACCGGUUGGAUUACCACCUGGUUUUAGGUUUCAUCCAACUGAUGAAGAACUUGUCAACUAUUAUCUCAAGAGGAAGAUCAAUGGCCAAGAAAUUGAACUUGAUAUCAUUCCUGAGGUUGAUCUCUACAAAUGUGAACCAUGGGAAUUAGCAGAGAAAUCAUUUUUGCCAAGUAGAGACCCAGAGUGGUACUUCUUUGGACCAAGGGAUAGGAAAUACCCCAAUGGGUUCAGAACAAAUAGAGCAACUAGAGCAGGGUACUGGAAAUCUACUGGGAAAGAUAGAAGAGUUUCAUGCCAAAGCAAACCUAUUGGUAUGAAGAAGACUUUGGUUUACUACAGAGGCAGAGCUCCUCAAGGAAUCAGAACUGACUGGGUAAUGCAUGAAUAUCGCCUUGAUGAUAAAGAGUGUGAAGACGCCUCUGGAUUACAGGAUACUUAUGCAUUGUGCCGUGUGUUCAAGAAAAAUGGAAUCUGCUCUGAUAUUGAAGAACAAGGGCAAUGUAGUUUGUCACUAAUUGAAAGCUCCCAAACCAUAAUUAAUGAGUGUGAAACCAUGUCUCCGGAUAUACCAGGGGCAUCAUCUUCUUGUUUGGAAGAGGAAGACAAAGAUGAUUCAUGGAUGCAGUUCAUUACAGAGGAUGCAUGGUAUUCUAAUACAGCAAUGGCUGGUGGUGAAGAAGUCUCACAUGUUACAUUUACUAACUAA